CAUAAAGUGACAUGUUUUGUCAUAUUGCCCCUGUGGAAAGGAAUUGAUAUUUCAAAUGUUUUUAAUAAUAUAGAUGUAAUUUAUGGCGAAUUAUUGAAAUAUUUGUUGUCAAAUAUAAAUCUUGUGAGAUUAGUUUAGAAAAAUGGAAGGAUCCACUGAAGAAAAUGGGAAUUUUAUAAAAUCAUGGGAGACGUAUAAAAUUUUGGAGAAAAUCAAAGAAAAUGUACAUCAAAAAAGGCGAAUUGCGCGUGAUGUGGAAGCCCAUCAGAGCUUGGAUGCCUAUGGAAAUCAGAUAACAAUCGAUAAACGAUUAAAUACGACGAAAGAACAACUAAACGAUCUUCUAUGUGAUGGCACAGAGUUGAUUACGAAUAUUAAAUUGGCAAAUGAGCGACGUGAAGCAAGUCGUCGUCUACAAGAAGAUCGGCAACGACACUGUUUACUGACCGAUUUGCAGCAAGAGUCUGAAGAAGCGACAUCCAAAAUAGGCGUAAUCAAUAAACGAUGGACGGAAUUAGCUGAAAUAUCAGAUCCAAUGGAAUUGAAUGAACGUUUGUGUCAUCAAAAUGAGCGUAUUGAAAAUUUGAUGCAACAAAAAGAUGCAAUUAUAUUUGAACUUCAAAAUGCGUUAAACAAAGCGAGUAAUACAUACAAUACCGAUCAAAUGAAACAACAAGGCGAUAUACAAUCACUAAUUGAUCGUGUUGACGAGCAAAUUGAUGUCAUGAAAUCGGUUUAUUUAGAACAUCUUGAACUUUUACAUCAAAGUAUUGAUAGCGAACGUCGUGCCUUUAAAUUGUUUCACAGCAAUGAAUGGCAAAAUCUCUACGAUGACCGAACCACCGACAGUGAACAAAAUUUGAAUGAUUUACUCGAACGAAAGGAAAGGUAUUAUGGUGAAAUUGUCUCCACGCGAUUGGAGCAUGAAGAAAUCAAUCGAAAAACACGCAUCAAACUGGACAGAGAUAAUGAUUUGGUGCAACAAAAAGUGCAACGCACCAAAGCUGAAAUUGAAUUGAAUACGGAACAGUUAAAGUACAAUUAUUAUGUGUUGCAAAAAAGAGCGUCCGAAAAUAUUGUUGUUAGAAAUAAACAGAAAAAUCGCCUUAUUCAAAUGCGCUCUUGCAUUGCAAUGUUACGCAAAAGGAUAAAUGAAACGAAAAUGGCACACACAAUCGAUAUUGAACGGCAAACACAUAAUGCUCUCAAUUUGUAUGCAACUAUUAAAGAAUUUGAAUAUAAAAUUAAUGUUUUCAAUGAAAGUGAUGAUAAAAAGUUUCAGCACAUUUGGAAACUUCAUGAAGCCAACCUCGAUUCGAAAUUGGAAAAUUUGAUGAUUAUUGAUAAAAUUAUUUAUGAGAAACAUUUGGGCCUUCAAUGGGAACCAUUUUCUUUGGAGAAAUCAUUGCGGCCAAAUCAAUUGCAGGUCAUUUUAUCAGCCAUAGAUGCUACACGAACACAGUGUGUCGACGAUUUCAAUUCAAUCAAAUCGCUUAAAAAUCAAGUCGAUGACAUUUGCGGACAGGAAAAUAUCGUUUCCGAUUUUUUUGAUACGAUUAGCGAACAGAUCUCAAGCCGAAUGAAUUGGAUGCUUGGAGAAAAGUUUACGGAAAUUUUAAAUUUAAUUGAUGAUGAUGAACAAAAACGAAUUAUCACGAUCGAUAAUAUUUUUACGGCACUUGGUAUGAAUAACUCCAAAAAUAUAUACAUGCUAAAAAACUACUUUCUUCCGUAUGCCUCAUGUAUUUACUGUUCGAAAAAAUAUUCCGAAACGAAUGGAAAUUCAUAUGAAACAGAUCCGUCCGGUGAAUGUGUUGAGGAUCAUCAUAAAUUUACAAAUUUGUUCGUUGAAGAGCAUAUGAUUCCAAUAAUUAUGCAACAAAUUUUAAUUGAUCUCGAUACAAAGGCGCUGCCAUCAAGACAAAUUCCAAAAAAUAAUUCGAAUGAAGCUCCAAUUCCCUUGCAUUUGAUUGAUUUGAAUGAGGUAAAACAAUUCUGGAAUGACUAUGUAUCUUCAAUUCCAAAUGAUUUGGAAUUGAUUUGGGACACACUUGUUAACGGACAACUUCGAUAUUUACAGAUAUUGAAGAAUAGGAAAAAGUUAAUUUCCGAAUGUAACUUUUUACGUCAACAAAAUAUCGAAAUAACACAUUUAUUGCAACAGUAUGCAAAAGAUGAUUAA